CAAUAGCAGCUGUGUGACCGUAGAAGAAGAAGAAGAAGAGCCAGCUGCCGUAAAGUAGAAGAAGAACAAGAAAAGCGGCUUUGUGAGAGCUCGCCCGUUCCUGAGCGUGGCCUUAAAAGUCUGUAAACACAGAGAUACAUCUUACGUUGAAGACACUUGGGCGUUUUUGAAUUAUGUGGACACAGAAUCCAGGGCAUCCAGGAUCAAGUUAAGGAUUCUGGACGACAAUUUAAAGACGCCGAUUCGCGAACAAAACCAAACUUUUUCAAGCAUUUGAGACGCACGAAGAAAGAAACCAAUAAACCCUUUUGGAUCGUGACAUCAUGUCUCGCCGAAGAAGCCACAGCCCGUCGCCAGGGCGUUUUUCACGCUCCUGCAGCAGUAACGAUCCGAGAGAUUUGGAGAGACGGAUUUUUGUUGGGAAUUUGCCGACCUCCGACAUGUCAAAGAAGGAUUUGGAAGAGCUGUUCAGCCAGUACGGGAAGAUUAUCGGCGUGUCCAUGUUUCGUGGGUUUGGAUUUGUACAAUUUGAACGUGUUGAGGAAGCCGAAGCUGCAAAGGCGGCCCAAAAGGGUCGAAUAUAUAAAGGUUAUAAAAUAGAUGUAAAUAUGGCAGUGGAGCGACGGCAACCUAAACCUCAAUCCCAGCAGAGCCCUCCACGAAGGGCUCCGUAUUCCAGCUAUGGGGACAGCAAAGAGCCCCGACCUCGGUCACGCUCACCCGUUUACGGGCGCGAGUCUCGGGACAGUCGUGAUGGGCGUUCUCCUCGGGACAGCCGCGAAGGCCGGGAGUCUCGGGACAGCCGUGACGGGAGAGACGCGGGAAGAGAGUCGAGGCCGAGCGGCAGUUCUCGUGACAACGAUUACCGCUACCGUAGCUCGGAGACCAGAGACAAAGACCCCAGAGGACCAGAAUCGCGGGAUACUCCAUACAGCCGAGAGGACUAUGACCGAUUCUACCGCAGUGGCAGCGGUGCAGAAGACUAUUACCGGAGGAAGGAUGAACCCUACAGCAGGGACCCUUACAGAGAUCCCUGGAACGGACGCCGUGAGCCAGAGGUGGCCUCCAACCUCUCCUCAGGAGUAGAUGAUCGUGCUCGACCAGAGGAGCGUCGGCGUAACGACCUGUAUCGACAGUACUAUGAAGAACUCCAGCGGCGCUACGACACCGACCGUCCCGUCGACUGCUCUGUGAUUGUCGUCAACAAGGCACAAAACUACAACAGUAGGGAGUAUGCGGAGACGGUCGGGCGGAAGGUUCGUGAUUUGGGCAUGGUGGUGGAUCUGAUCUUCCUCAACACGGAAGUGUCACUAACCCAGGCACUGGAGGAUGUAGGCAGAGCCCGCACUCCCUUUGCCAUCAUCAUUACCCAGCAGCACCAGGUCCACCGGUCCUGCACUGUCAACAUCUUGUUCGGCACACCGCAAGAGCAUCGAAACAUGCCGAUGCAGGACGCCAUGAUGCUGGUUGCCCACAAUUAUGACACCUACAAAGUUGAAAACCGUGAAAAAGAACGUGAGGAGAUUGCCAGAAAGGCGGCCAAGAUGGCGGACGACGUGUUAGUCAGGGAGCCUGACAGAGAGAGCCACCCCAUCUCAGUGCUCACCUCCAUCACACUGCUGUCUGAAAACAGAUUUGUGACCCCAGAGGAAAUGGAAGGUCUCAUCGCCUACCUGAAGGACAAAAGAGACCGGCUGCUACGAAGUGCUGCAGACCCUCUUACAGCUGCUGCAGCUCCUGCAGCCGUGCACCACGACGUUCCUCCCUCAGCCGCAGGACUGCCUCCUCCGUCCCAUUCUGCUCUCCCCGCCCCGCAGUCCAGCCACCUCGGCCUAUCGGCUGCUUCCGGCGCCUCCGCUAACCCCAGCCAUCAGCAGGAGCUGCAAGCUAAAAUCCUCAGCCUGUUCAACAGCGGCAGCGGGACGCCAGCGGGCUCCGGAGGCCUGCCCUCCUCCGCCCCCCAGGCGAAGGCCUACGGCUCCCUCGGCCCACCGCCUUCCCAGAACCCACCCCGCCCGCCCAUGCCCGGCCUUUCUCCGGGCGCGCCCCUGGGUUACGGCGCCCCACCGAGCCGCAUGCAGGUCGCACCGGGUGGUCAAAGACCCCCCACCUCCGCAGGUAUCAAUUUUGACAACCCGAGUGUACAGAAAGCGCUGGACACCCUCAUUCAGAGCGGACCGUCUCUCAACCACCUGGUGGGCCCCGGCGCCCCUCAGCAGCCGCCCCCCAGGUCCGCCCCCCCCGGCAUGGGCCAGGUCCCGCCUAUGUCCAUGUAUCCCCGACAUUACUGAGGGCUUAUAGUGAAUUACUUUCUUCUCCUAACGUGAGGUCCACCUCUCCCUGUGACACAAGUAGAACACCACAUUAACUCUCUGUGCAGUGACUUGACCAGCUGUGUAUAGGUAGGGUAGACUGUAUGGUUGGAUGUUUUGUAAAAGAUUUUAUCUUUUUUUUUAUUCUUAGUAUUGUGUUCAGUUGAUUAAAUUGUUAUGAAGUUUAAUUUGAUGACUUGUCCAGACAACCUAAUGUGUCUGUAUUUUCAAUUCUUAUUCAGUCACAUGAGGUCGAAGCUGCAUGUGUAAAGUACAGUAUGUUUUGGUUUACAGACUCUUUAGUUCUUUUUCCAACCAUGAUCUCAUUAUGUGGUUUAUAGUUUUGCAGUGUAUUUUUAAUUUGUAACAUUUUCAUUUUGUCAACAACAGACAUGAUUAAAAACUCGAGACACAAUUGCUGUAAUAAAAUGGUAUUGGUUUAUUGCAUUUUGUGCUGACAAAUCUAUAAAAUGGAACGGGUAUCGCCAGAAGCCAUAGAGAUAUAAGCAUUUGAAAUGUAAGAUAAAACUACUUUUUUCCUCUUUUUUUAAUGUACCAUGAAACACAAUAGAGAAUAAUACGUUCUUUUUUUAAAUUUUAGAAUAUUUAACUUACACU